CACUGUUUCUUGCUCAGCAAUGGUCUAGCUUGCUCACCUUUGGGUAAAGAUAUGUCAAAUCUAGCAAGGCGCUAAGCUUUAGAUUUUUAUUUGGUAAAACUUUAGACCGCUGUGGACUCUGUCCAGAUAACCUUCCUUCAUUUCCCCCUUUCUUUAGGUGGUUUCUCAACCACAAUCUGUGAAGGAUGAUCUUUUAAGCUGAACAUUUUCUGUCAGCAUCUUGUUUGGUGUCUUGUUCUCCUCCUCUUUCUGACACUAAUUGGAAAAGCAGCAAGUACACCAUCAGUAUAUGUUGCUAGUACACAGGCUAAAGGUUACUCUUCUUUCCCUUGCUGGGGUACUUGGGAAACAAAGCAUUGUCAUAGCAACUGCUUGAUACUGCUGUUCCCUAGAUAAGGCGUGCAGGAGCAUUCAUUGCCAGCAGAGGAGAAAGUUCCUGCUCCGGUGAACACUGACUCCAUAUCGCACCUCUUCCAGCUCCACUGGUUGCUUCGGGAGAAAAUCCUCUUUAGAGAUGUCUACAGAAUAUGUACAGGCAUCGCAUGAUAUCUCAGAAGACAGAGUGGAUGGCCGAGAUACUCACUGUAACCACAUAGAUGAUCUUUCCGAACAGUUGCUAAAGGGCUGUGAACUCAAAAAGUUACCAAGAAAGGGGAAAACUCUGCAAGAGUCUCCAAAAAGUGAGCUGGAUCAAAAGAAACCAAAGAGGAAGGAUACUCCAGCAAUAAAUACCCCACCUCCAAUAGCAGGUAUUCUCUCAGACCACUUAAUUAGAAGGUGUGACCUCUCUCAGAAACCACAAAGGAGUCAUAUCACUCUAGCAUGUCAAAAUACAGAACAGGAACAGAAAAAGCCCAGAAGGAAAAACACCCCUGCAAUAAAUACACCACCUCUGCUUGCAGGCAUUAAACUACCAAAAGAAGAGAAGCAGACUGUGAUUAUUGAAGAUGAAGAAAAGGAGGCUGAAACUUCACCUUUUUAGCUUGUUGCAUAUUGCCAUUUUUGUAAAUAAUUGUAUAUGAUCGAGUAGUACUAAUUUCUAAAAUUGUUUCUUUUAAAAAAUGAGAAAUAUGGUGCAUGUUGCCUUUAUAACACAAUGUCUUAAAUCCUGUUACUUCUCACUAGAAUAGACAGAUUUAGUCAGUGGCUGAUAUACCUAUGUGUCAUCUUACAUCCAACAAUUGAUUCUGUGAGUUUAGUUUAGUUGAGGAUAAUGAACAGAAUCCAGGCUAAUAUAAUCUAUGAGACAUAUAUUAAGCCUGCUGAGGCAUGUUUACAAAAAUACAGAUAUAUAAAAUAUGUGUGUCUGUAUGUAUGUUCUGUAAAGACACCUACAUGGCUUGAUGCAUCUGGACCAAAUGUGGUGCCCAUGUCCUUCAUUAUCCAACCCAAAAUACUGGUGUUUAAAUUUUAAAAACCUACCCCAUUUAGGGCUAGGUGCCCCAAAAUAAAUAAGUUGGUAAGUUGGUAUGCAGUGUUCAGAUUUUUUUCUAUUGUGUCAGAUGCGAAUUGAGGAUAUACUGCAAGUCACUUCUGGUGUGAGAGAAUUGACCAUCUACAAAGAUGCUGCUCAGGGGAUGCCUGGGUGUGUUACCAUCCUGUAGGAGGCUUCUCUCAUGUCCUCAGUGCUCAUGUCCUCAAUGCUCACGAAAGGACAAUAGAUAGAUAGAAAAGCUACCUCAGAGGGAGAGAUGACAAAUGGAAGAGAGUUGGAGUGUUAGGAGUAAGACACUUGAGGAGUCCCUUUCAGAGGGCCAUAGCCUUGCCAUGGAGACAUUCUAAGGGAGGCCUUCUCAGAGGGACUGGUAAAAAUGACAGCGAGCUGGAGAAGGGAGAAAGGAGUCCUUAUGAUAACAAAACAUGGGUAAUAAUUCAGGUUUUUUUUUUUUUACAGAAUUCUAUAUUCAGGAGCCCCGGUGGCAAAGUGUGUUAAAGCACUGAGCUGGAGACCGAAAGGUCCCAAGUUCAAUCCCCGGGAGCAGCGUGAGCGGCCGCUGUUAGCUCCAGCUCCUGCCAACCUAGCAGUUCGAAAACAUGCCAAUAUGAGUAGAUCAAUAGGUACCGCUCCGGCGGGAAGGUAACAGCGCUCCAUGCAGUCAUGCUGGCCACAUGACCUUGGAGGUGUCUACGGACAACGCUGGCUCUUUGGCUUAGAAAUGGAGAUGAGCACCAACCUCCAGAGUCAGACAUGACUGGACUUAACAUCAGGGGAAAACCUUUACCUUUAUCUUAUACUAGCUUUGCCCGGCCACGUGUUGCUGUGGCUUAUGGGAAUCCUUUGUUGGCCAGGUGGAAUAGCAGUGAAUAGCCUUGCAGUCUCAAAGCCUGGCCGUUUUCUGGAGUAGCUGGAGCUUUUUGUUGUAUGAAUGUAGAGGCAUGGAUGAGGGGUUGUUCUGCCAAAUUUGGUGUUUCUGGGAUGUGUAGUUUUGUUGUUUUGUCCUAGGCUGAAAUUUCAUUACUCUUUUAUAUACAUAGAUUCAGAGCAUUCUAUUUUUGAUGUAUGGAGAAAAUAAUUAACUUGAGCUAAUCAGUGAUGAGAAGCUGAGUAAUGAAACCUUUAUUUUGACAGUUGUUCUGAAGCUGUCAUUUUAUAUUUGGAAAAAAAUUCUGAAUAUACUGUAACAUUCUGCAACAUUCAGCUUGAGUAUUUCUCUGUAACUCCUUUGCCCUCUCCCUGCUCUUGCUUACCUCAAAAUGGAUGAUUCAGGUUGAAUCUACACUGCCCUAUAAUCCAGUUUCUGAAUCCAGAUUAUCUGCUUUGAAAUGGAUUAUAUGAGUCUACACUGCCAUAUAAUCUAGUCAGAGACUGGAUUUUAGGGCAGUGUAGAUAGGGCCUCAAAGAUAUUUUGCGCUCUGGUGGUUCCCCACAACCACUACCCCCUCCAAACAAACCCAAACCAGCAAGCACUCAAUGAAACAUUAGUAUUUUGGGAAAGACUUGAAUUCUAGUAGAGUUUAGCAUUAUUUCUAGUCUGCUAUAGACCAAUCUGUGGUCUAUCAUACCUAACCUUAUUACAUACCCAUUGUUUAUUCUGAACCAUUUACAAGACAUUUUCCACACCACCCUUCAUCCUAUCCAGCUUUCUAACACCAGCCCAACACUACCCUGACCUUCCCUUUCUGAGAGUUGUAAGUAAGUUCCACAUCACCAGUGUAGUAUAAAAUUCAUCCCAUCCAAGUGACCCUUUUACUUCAAUCACUAAUGUCUUAGUGUUGGUUAGUGUUUGUUUGCUGCAAUGGCUUUCCCUUCAGCCAAAGUUGGGGUUAAUUUGAAUUGACGGUUACACCAUUUCCUAUUAUUUCUGAUUAUGCAUUAUUUUAUUUCCUUGAGGAUUUCUAAAGUAAUGAUUAUGUACACAACUCUUCUUGACUAAUUAUUACCUGGAAUACCUAAAUGUAUGAAAACAUACUUCUAAAUCUGGGACAUGAAUCUUAUCAUCAGUUAUCAUCUAACCAUAGGAAGCAAUGUAGCAAAUGCUAUUUUUUUUAAUUUGUAUUGCUUAUAACUGAAUUAGCACACUUCUUGUAUCUUAGUGAGACACCUCUGUAGACUAUUCAAAAUGAGCUUCUGCCAUUGAAAAAGUGCUGUUAAUAAGUGAUGAGUCCAUGGUUGUUUAUGUUAAUCGAAGUAUUUCAGUUGUAGUAUGAAGUUUAUUAUCUUCAUUUGUACAAGUGAUUUGGUUGCAUUUUCCUCAUUAUCAAAUGUAGAUUUAAUGUAGCACUCUGAAUUAGAAUUUGAUGAGUACAAUCCAUCUUUGCAACUUUCAAAUUAGAAAAUGCAGUGCCAUCUGUAUAGAGACGGCCUGGCAGGGAAAUGUCUGCAAAGUGAGUAGUUUUAUGUACUGUGUAAUCUAAUAAGGAUACAGGAGAAUAUGAAUUAUUUGAAUAGAAGAUUCUUUUAUAAUUUUUGACCUACUUUUUUGGAGGACAAAACUGCUUUUGUUUUUAUUGUUGGUUUUAUCAUUUUAGGUUCAGUGUCUACAUCAAGCUUGAAUUUGUGUGAUCACUCUUUUUCAGAAAUGUAAAACACUAUGAUAUAACCUGGUGACCUUCUGUGCUGUUGUUCUGUUUUAUUCACUGCACUGGUCUCAAUGAUGUGGGUGGAAAUGCCAUGAACACAAUCUCAUGUAUAAUUACAAUACUAGUUACAAAUAGCUAAAUGCUUAUAAUUAAUUCAUUUUGCUAAUAUCAAAGAAAGAAUUACAAUACAACAGAAACUUAGCAGUCAUUUUGAGUGAAAUUACUUUUGUAGCUAUAAGAGUAUGAAUUUACAGGAUUACUACUAGUCAUGGGCCCAAAAUUUGCCUCAUUUGUUUCAUCCGUGUUUUUGUUUCGUGCCGUUCAUUCGCUUGGCACUAUACAGGAGACCCCUUGCCAAAUGGAAAAAGCAGUGAAACAAAAGGCAAGUGGGAACGGUAACCAUUUGGUCACCUGAUGUUCGUCCCAUUGGUGGCAAUGGGUGGGCUUCCCAUGCUCCCCUUCCCCUCAGUUUUAGGGCUAGAGGAUCUCAACAUUUCACUGAUUCCCCAGUCUCUCUCCAGCAUUCAUUUGAGUUUUCAGGGUUGGUGGGAUAAACUCCUGUCUCUGAAUCCAGAUAGGCAAAAUGCAGUCUGUGGUUCUCUGAUACUGUUUUUGCAGCCCUUGGCUCUUCUUCAGACUCCAUUAUCUUUUAAAUGAGUAGCAAACCCCCCCCCAUACUUUUCAAAACAUAGUAACUUGUAAAGAUACUCUCUUUAAGAGUGUGUGUGUGUGUGGCCUGCAGAUCCAAAGUGCCCAUGACUGCCAGAGCUUGAAGUUGAGCGCCAAGUGCUAAGUGGAGUGCAGAGCACCUCUUGCUAGGCACUUGGCACUUGGAACUCAGCUGUAAGCCCUGGCAGUCACGGGCUCUUUAAGUGUGUGUGUGGCCUGCAGGCUCAAAAAGCCCUCCCAUGUUGGCCAUUGGGACCAAAAAAAAAAGUUCGUUCGGAUGAAAGAAUGAAACAACUCAUUCAGAAAAGCCCAAUUUUUGGAAGCAGUGCUCAAAAAUGAAAACGGGGCCAUACGAAUAAAACAAACAGAAGCUGAUAGCGAUUCUUUACUAUUAAGAAUAAACUCUGCUUUGACUUAAUAUUGAAAUACAAUAAUUAAAACAAAAUAAAUACGAAUAAAGAAACUUUACUUAAUGU